AUGCAAAGAGUUAUAUUCUACUUUCUCUCAGCUUGCUCAGCUGCCUUUGCCCAGAAUCCUGUGCUCUUUGACUCGUAUACCAACGCUAGAUGUGCUGGUGGAAUAGUGGUUGGGACCACGGUUGUGAACCCAGGCGAUUGCACAACCUCCGCUGCAGCAUUUGCCAGUGCUCAGUAUAGAGGCAGCCAAUUCGACAACGUUCAGCAGCCUGUCUCAUUUUACAGUGACGAAAAUUGCAAAAAUGAGAUUGCGGGAGUUACAAGUGAGCUGGGUGAUGGUUACAACUGUUUUACUUUCGGCAAUGAACAAGCAAAAAGCGCGAAGUGGCUUGCAUAG